AAACAAAAUUAAAGUUAGGCAAAGUGGUCACAAGAUUUAGAGCGGAUCUUUCUUUUGAAAAACAAGAAAUUCUUGCAGAAAGAAAACAAAUAAGAAACCCACGUUCCUUUUUAUAAGCCUAACUGCCCUCCAACUGCUAGAACUUCCUCUUCUCCGUUAGCAGCUUAUUCAGUUUCUUACCAUCUCCUCUGCAAAUUCUCAUCCAAGGAAAGAAAUUAGAAAAAGCUGAGAAAACCCCAUUAAUCAGUAGUGUAGAAAGAUGAAGUGGGGCAAGAAGAAACCAUCUUCAUCAUCUGCUUCUUCUCGCCCUUUCUUAAUCUCUCAAGUUCUACCCACUUCAUGGCUGACAAAGUUCAAGCAAACAAGCAUCAGUUCCAGGCAGAAACAUGCGAAAGUCAAGCAAAAAGAGAAAUGGAAUUCUGUGUCUACAGACUCUUCGGCUUGUGCUAAUAGUGGAGGUAAAAUUUAUGGAGGAGAUGGUGAUGCUUUUUGGAGGCUAUCGUUUGGAGAGGAUAGUCUUGAGGGCAUGAACUACAUAAAUGUGUCACGAUCAGUUCAGUACAAUUCAGACGAUGAUCUUGAAUUUCUAGCAUCAAGCCACCACAGCUGUAAAUCAAAAGCUUCAAGAGUGAAUGGAAGUGGACAGACUCAAAAGUUCAGUAACAUGGUUUCUCCAGUAAAGAAAAUGAAAGAAUUACUAGAAGAAGAAGAGAUUUUGCCAGAACGAACAAGUACAAGGGAAAAAGAAGCAGAAAUCAGAACACCAAGGCUGAAAGUUAGAAGAGAUGAGAAAUUAAGAAAAGGAAAGCAAAGGGAUUUUGAAGGGAAGCAAUUAGAACUAGAUGGAAUACAACAUGAAGCAGAAAGGAUUCCAAGAAAUGCAGCAAUGAAGAAUGUGUUUGAGACUGAACCUCAAAGAACAGGUGGGAUGGUUGAAAGGGAGGAUUGUAAGUUGGCAGCUUUUGAUUCAAGGAAAGAUUGCUACUUCUCUUCCAUGAAUUCAAGAGAUUCUCAUGGAAGGAAAAUUGAAGUGGGUUGUGAUUUUCCUGCUGAGAAGGAACAUGAUGGAUUUUCUACAGAAAAGUUUAGCUUUGAGCGGCAGAGGUUGAAAGAGAAGAAGAUUGAAGAGCUCAAGUCAAGAAGUGAAGAACAGAGGAAAUCUCUGUGCAUAAGCAGGGAAUUACAGAGGAAAAGACCAAAGCAGAACAGUAAACUAAAAGUUUAUUCUCCAAGAACAGCUUCAAAAGUUGAAAUUUGCAAAAUAAAAGCUCUGGAAGACAUGAAGAAAGCCAAGUUGAAAAUGAAAAAGAAGGCAAAGGACAAAGAAAUGGAGGAAUUCAAGGAUUUAGAAAGCUUCGCCAUGGUAAAAUUUUCGUAUGAUCCCCAGAAGGACUUCAGAGAUUCAAUGACUGAGAUGAUUAGAGAGCAGAGAAUUAGCCAGCUAGAAGAGCUUGAAGAACUCUUGGCAUGCUAUUUGACAUUAAAUUCUGAUGAGUUCCAUGGUCUCAUCAUCAGGGCAUUCCAGCAGGUAUGGUUCAACCUGAACCAAGCUUGUUUUACUGAAUUCGACAAUGAAGAGUGUCACUGAAGAUUAAUCACAUCUUUGCUACUGAUAGAGAAAAAUGUGAACAUUCUGUAGAUACGUUAUAUUCUAAUAUUAUGCUUCAAUUUCAGCACAUAAGGAUGAUUAGCUAGCUAACCUCCUGGCCAUGAACAACUUCAAGAAAUAGUCCAAUGUAAACAUUGAUGUGCCUGUGUAGUUCCAUCUUCACAUCACCUUUGACAAAGGAUAUUAGAAAAGCAAGAAUUGCAAUUGUGAAAAAGAGAAUCUAGACCGUACAAGGACAAUGUCCAGUGUUAAUUUGGCUUGGGAAAUGACAAUUAUAUUACAAGCACUAAUCUUUUUUUUUUGAGAUUGAAUUUACAAUACAAGUAUUUCCCAGCAAGCAAAGACUAAUGUACUAGUAGUAACUAGUAAGACCCAGUAUGGGUCUUAGAUUAUUUAUCCUGCAUUCAACCUCUAUGGUGAUAAGCAGCAUCUGUAAAACCCUUGUAUUCCCAGGAUCCAUAUAUGUUUUAUAGUGGUUGCUACGCUUAAUCCUGUUACAGCAUCCUAACAUGUGAUCCUAAUUCCCAAUAUUCAAUUUUCUCAGAUGACAAUUUUUCACAUAAUUAUUAGCAAUCUUCAUAAUUAAACUCCGACUAUCUGUUAAAAGGUUUUCUUUUUCAAACAAUUGCGUGCUAU